AUGAUCGCCAUCUUAUCUCUUCAUGAUGAGAUGAUCUCACCUCCGACUGACGAGGAAAAGGCAGAGGCGAAGAGAUGGGUCAAAAAACAAGUCUGUGAGGCCUGGGAGAAUGGCUAUCUGUCGGUCGAUGGGACAACCUUCAACUUGUUUCAAAAGCCAGGCCAUCAUGGUGAAACAUUCUUCGACAGGAAAUCAAACUACUCUCUUAGCGCCCAGAUUACAACUUUACCCCACAACCUGAAGAUCGUUGACUACGGCCUCGGACACACAGGUAGUGUCCAUGAUUUGUCAGCUUUUUGUGACACCGCCAUUUAUCAAACACCGGAGAAGUUUUUCACUGCGGGUGAAUGGCUGUGGGGCGACUCAGCUUAUCCUGUGUCUCCGACAUGUGUUUUGCCAUUCAAGCGAGUCCCCAACCAGGCAUUGACCCGUCAACAACGCCAUUUCAACUAUCAUCUAUCCCGUGUUCAAAUUCGCUCGAAGCAUGCCAUUGGGCUGCUCAAAAUACGUUUCCAAUCGCUCAAAGAACUUUGCAUUCAAAUCAAUUGCAGCCAACAAAUUGAUUAUGCCAUUUCCUGGAUUCGGUGCUGUUUUAUUCUUCAUAAUUUCAUCAUCCGCAUUGAAGGCCAGGACCACAAUUCACGCAACAAUAUUAAUCGGGACUGGCAGUUGGAAUUGGAUGAAUUAUUAGCAGAUGGCAUUGAGGAUGUGGGAGAUGACAACGGCAAAGAUAUGCCCGUGAACCUUCCCUAAGAUCUCCGUGAAAGAUUGGUAGUUGAUCUGUUCUCUAGCUCUUUGUAUUGUUGUACUUAGUUCCAGUAAAUUCUCUCUAUGCUUG